AUGGGAACAACUCAAAGCCAUGAAGCAGCAACGGCCGUUCUUGGCCCCAGACAAGCUGUGCAUAAGCCUUACAAAUCAACUGCUAUCCCUCCUGUACAGCGGUCUCACUCUGAAUCGGGCGCACUACACUCACCCCUUUCGACCGUUUGUCCGAGCAGGAUAAAGUUGAAUGGGUUGCCCGCAGGAGACACCACCACCUGCUGCACGACAACCUGCAACAGCAGCCUCAGCGGAGUGAGCUCGAGCCCAGUUACGCGCCCAACAGGUCUUGUUGGCAGUACAAAUGCCACUGCCAUUACGCUGCGUAGCGGGAGUCCUCUUGAGCGCAGUGACAGUGCCCAGGCAGUGAGCAGCAUCGCAGGCCAGAGCCCCCGACAGUUCGCCCCGAUCGACCUAGAAUAUGCAGAAGUGGACACCAAGAGGCCAGCAACGAAUGCGAGCAGGUGGAGUCACCGAAACCGAGUGCAGAAACUCCUGAGAACGCUUAGGCAUGGCGUUGAUCGGUCUCGGUCUCAACCGCCGCCUGGAAGCAGCAGUCAUGAACAUCCUGUAAAUACUUUAGCUACGGCCAAUGAAAGUGCCUCAAUAUCUGCUGCUCUUCAUGCCCACAUCAUCCGGGAAGAGGAGGAGCAUCGCCGCAGGCGGCAUAGCAGCCUGGCGGAAUCGCACUCGCAGAUAUCUGCACCGCAGACUGAGCAUUGGCCCCGCUACCCCCUUGAGCCUUUUGCAGAAAAUCGUAGCUGUCUGUCGCCUGCCGACGCCAGAGGUAAAGCCGCUAUCUGUUGUAGUUCAUCUCCCGGAGGCAGCGAAGCAGGCCUUUCGCUCCGGUCCAGUGAAACACAAGAAAUGCAAGUUUCGGGCCAAGCGGUUGUGCGCAAAGCCUGCAGGAGUCGAGCUUCGGGAAAGGCGCACCGCACGGACUUGGGCGCCAGCCGGUGGAUAGCUGACGUGCCAACAAACGGGAGAUGGGAAAUGGAGAGAGGGAUAUGGAAUCGUCAAGGGGUCCACUUAAACCAUCUGAAUAUUGCAGAUGAAAGAUUUAGAGCACUCGCAGCAACGCGACGCUUGUCGCCACGGCAGCACGCUGCUCAAACACAAGGCUUGCACUCAGCAGUGAGCAAGGGCCAACAAGGCCCCGUUCACCAACCCCGCAGAGUUCCCAUUGCACCGCUGGCGGGGAUCCUGCAGGAGAACCAACAAAGGCUUUUGCAACCAGGGCAGCAGGUGAUGCCUGUGACACACAGAGGAGUAGCAGCAGCUACGACAAUUGAGCUUGCCAGGAGCAGGCAUGCGAACGAAGAACGGCGGAGACAGCAGCACUGUCUCAUCGCCUCCCCUGACCCAGCGCAGAGCACGCCUGCACCGACAGAUACCCAUCGGAAGCACGAUGGAGCAAGUUGGACCGCCCGCAAUUUAUCGACAGGUAAGCAUUUGAUAUACGUGUACUCUGUUCAGAAGAGAGUACAAGCAAUUGAUGUCCAUGCCUCGAAGGGGCUGGAGCUGGUGUCAUUCUUCUUUGGAGGCUUUCUGCACGUUACAGGUGGAGGGGAGAGAAAUUGCGGCUCUUCUUUGGGGAGGGAGCAGGCUUCCGCAAGGAACUUCAUCUCCGCAGAUCUGCACGGGGCAGCCUCAACAGAUAUUUCAGUGCCAGCCCCUUGCUUUAGCCAGAUUUUCGCGGCAAGAGCCAAGCAGAAUGACACAUCUUUCCCCAACACAAGUGACCAACCAAUGCAGUCGGAGACGGGAGACGGUACGAAGGCAAAGAUAUUGAGGUGCCCAGAUAUGGCCACUGCGCUGCCUGCACCUGCUAGUGGGCAACACAGACAGCAGGUUCGUUUCAUUCCUGCGGCAGAAGCGAAGCGCCACUGCCUUCAUAUUUCCUACCCAUCAGGAACAGCGUAG